UAAUACAGACUACUUUAUUAUUUUCUUGCCACAACACGAAAUGUAAAAAACAGCUGGAAGUGAGAGAGUGUGUUAAGUCUGAUACAGCAUGUGAAAUACUUCCAGAUCCAUAAGAGGGACACAUCUGUACUGCAGUGCUGAAGUUAGAUGUGCGUAAUGAAGCUCUGGGUUUGUGGUAGCUGACUGUAUGAAUGAUCGCAGUGCCAAUGGAUUCUGACUCAUUGCAAGUCUUGAAUCCCUUUAAGCAGCAGAUGGUGUGCGUCUGCCUUCUCUCCGAGGAAGCGGCAGUAAUUAAUGUCCACCCUUGCUCCCCGUUCGGUUGUAAAAUGCUAAAUUAUGCGAACAUGGGUGUGGACUAGUGAGUGGGAUGGGAGAUUACAGCGCUUUAGGAGACUUCAUAAUAUCCGAAAUUUGUCUUGGAAUCCAAGCGCAGAUCUACUGAUCAUUUAAUUAAAAAUGAAAAAAAUAACUUUAGCAGUCAUUGAGAAGGGGGGGGGGGGGGACUGGAAUUAGGCGCCAUUCACCAGUUGGCGUUUUACGAUUGUGCUCGCUAAAUAGACUGGCCCGGUAAAGUGAGGGAGAAGUCUCUUUAACGCAGACAUCAUGCUUCUAGCUUUGAUGUGUGUGUGUGUGUAUGUCAGCCUCUCCCACCCACUCCCUGGCACUAAUCUCCCUCACCGUCAGACAUCCAUCCACGCAACAACCACAACAAGAAAACGCUGUAUCCUCCGAGCUGAUAGCAUUCAGACUCCAGCCAUUUAACAUUAACUGAUGGUCGGAAUUUAAAGAGCUCAGGGAGCAGCUCAGCAAAGGGCUUCGUCAGAAAGACGUCAUCCAGCGCUCCACGUCUACAGUGUUUGUGAGAGUCAGGGCUGCAGCAGUCACAGGCAGAAUCAGAGCGUUGGGUACUCCACACAAACCCCACUCCAACACCCUCUACCGCCGUCUCUCAGCUCUUUACAGGAUAUUGCCUUUUUUUAAUUUGUUUUUUUUUUCCCCCAAAAUACAAGUGAGAAACGGGGUCAUCAGUCCGAGGGAGAAGAGGAAAGCAGUGGGAAGUACGUUACUUUGCGAGCUGGUGCGUUUCAGCACCGCGGACAGCGCAGAUCGCCAUGGCUCCGAUUGUGGUGAGCGGGACAAGCUUUGAUGAUGUGCCGGCAGUUGUAGGGAUAGUCAGUGCGUUUGGCCUGAUAUUUACAGUCUCCAUGUUUGCAUGGAUCUGCUGUCAGCGCAAGUCGUCCAAAGCCACCAAGACCCCUCCUUACAAAUUUGUGCACAUGCUGAAGGGAGUCGACAUCUAUCCCGAGAACCUAAGCAACAAAAAGAAGUUCGGGGCAGAUGAAAAAUCCGAUCACAAAGAUAAAGACUCUUCCAAAGCCAGAAUACCAAAGAACUCUCUCCACCUGGACCUGGAGAGCCGCGAUCAGAACGGAAAUUUCACCAAAACUCCUGCCAAAGUCCGUAGCUCCCCAGAAAUCGAGAGCGUUCCGCCCAAGCUGUGCACAGACAGCGAGAAAGACAGCGUGUCAUCGCAGACUCCUGUAUCAGACAAGCCAGCCGCGCCUUCUCAGCAACAAAACAAUGCGCCUAAUCUGGGAUCCCUGGCGUUCUCCUUAAAGUACAACUUUGAUAAGAAAGCGUUACUUGUGAACAUUAUAGAGGCUCACGGACUGCCUGCCAUGGAUGAACAGUCAAUGACAUCUGACCCUUACAUUAAAAUGUCAAUCCUGCCGGACAAAAAACACCGCGUGAAAACUCGCGUCCUCCGGAAAACCCUGGACCCGGCUUUUGAGGAAACCUUCACAUUUUACGGGAUCCCCUACAGUCAGGUACCAGAGCUGUCUCUGCAUUUCCUGGUGCUGAGCUUUGACCGCUUUUCCAGAGACGAUGUCAUCGGAGAGGUCCUGGUGCCGAUGUCAGGGAUCGAUCUGUCGGAAGGCAAGGUGCAGAUGCACAGGGACAUCACCAAGAGAAACUGUCGGAAAUCUGUGGGCCGUGGUGAAUUAUUAGUAUCCCUUUGCUAUCAAUCUACCACCAACACCCUGACUGUUGUUGUACUAAAAGCCCGCCAUCUGCCGAAAAAUGAUGUUUCUGGAUUAUCAGCAGCUGACCCUUAUGUGAAAGUCAACCUGUACCAUGAUAAGAAGCGAAUAUCAAAGAAAAAAACCCAUGUUAAGAAGUGUACUCUCAACCCAGUGUUCAAUGAGCUCUUUGUCUUUGACAUUCCAUGUGAAGGGAUUGAAAACAUCAGUGUUGAGUUUAUGGUCAUCGAUUUUGACAGAAUGAUGAAGAAUGAGAUCAUUGGGCGCCUCGUGCUGGGAGCAUCAGCAGAAGGGACAGUAGGAGAACAUUGGAGGGAGAUCUGUGAGCACCCAAGACGACAAAUUGCCAAAUGGCAUUGUCUCAGUGAUGGUUAGCAGCCAAACCAGGGGUUGGACUUUAUUGUUUGAUAGGGAAGGAACAAGCUGUGCAUUAACCAACCCAAAGCCUUUCUGAAGAAUUUUCAAUUUAUACUAAAUACAUAUAAUUUGUACAUCUGAUUGUGGUAUAUAUUGUGAUCUGUACUGUAUAAGAUGAGGUGACGUUGUUCUCUUGGUUGCUAACAAUUUUGAGGAAAAAAACAUAGCUAUUAGAAUGGGUAGGCAAAAUAAAACUGUUUAAUGUAUUUCUGCAUUUUGAGUGGCUAUUCAAGUUGGGGAAUUUGUUUCUGGCGAUGAAACUAUUAGUGUGUAUGUUUGAAGAAAAAAGUUAGAAUUCACUAGAAGGUUUUUCAAUAGAAACCUGUAACACAUUGAAUGAAUUGAAAAUAUCUGAAGUGAAGCCAUUCUAAUGUUCAUAUUGAGACAAAGCAGGCCGUGUGUUGCCUUAACAUUGAAAUAUAUUGAAGUGGAGAGACACAGUGAUGUCACAAUGAGUUUGAUGUUGGCUUUUUAAUCGCUGUGUUCAGAUCUAGUCUGUAUUUAUUCAGUGAAACUUCCCUCUGUUGGGAAACAACAAAUAUCCCACAUGAAGGAACCCACUUUCCAGUCAACAAGAGCCCAAAGUAUAAUAGUUUCUAAUUUGUCAUUGGUUGUCACUAAAUUGUUGGAGACGCAAUAGGAAUCACUGGAUAUAUCAUUGGCAUGGGCAAAGGAAAAGUAUUACAUUAUUGCAGUAUUAGAUGUUUUCCUAAGUUUGCGAUGGAGGUAGGGUUAAGGAAACAUUAUUGUAGAUUUAACUGUGCUGUAUCUAACCUAAAAAUAUUUGAAACUGAUGGUCCAUGCCUAAAAUUGGAAGAAUUCCAUUCCCAAUAUUAAAAACCCACACAAAUACAGAUUGACUUAAAAUGUGUUUUUUCAAAUGGAGCUAAUGUAUGGAUGGUAAUAAUGUGAAUAACAGUUAACCAUACUGAGAGAAUUUGUAUUAUUUUAUACCUGUCAUAAAGUUAUUUCUUAACAUGCGGUCUCAUAGAUUUUAAGUAUCUUGCUAUUUGCGUAUUUUGACAUUUGUGGGUGUUAUAUAUGUAAAUAGUACACUCUACUUAUCAGAAGCUUUAUCUGGAAAAUAGUUACAUAUUAAAAACAUUCACAUUGUUUCACUGUGAAAUACUUUUCUACUCAGAGAAUUUCAGGAUUUAAAUAAAACAAGUCAUUUUGAAGAAAGCUGCUAAAAUAGGCUAAUCAAUGGUAAAAUUCACUAAAACUUUUAGUAGAAACUAUUAAACAUAUAAAGCAAAACUAUAAUAGUCUGUGACUUCUCCAGGCCUUUGCCAAUGCUACAUCUUAGUGUGAAAUAAAUAAGUACUUGUUGCAGAACCUUGAGAUUUGGUUUAUACCUCAAGAGUGGCUUGAUCUGCAAACCCAUGAGUAAUAAAAUAGUGGGAAAGAUAAUCAACACAAUGGUUGAUAUAUAAGUAAAUCUGCUGAAUUUCACAAAUUUUAUUUACAUCAUAUAUUAGCUAAGUACAGUAUCCUGUGCACAAUGUGAAUGUGAAUCAUACAGAUAAUUAAUUGUUUUCAAUGACAUCAUGAUGAUUUUGCUUUCAUAAUGGUGCCAAUUAUGAAUCAUGACUAUCUCCAGUAGUCUUUGGAGAUAAUGCCAUUAUGUGUCAAAUAAUUUAGGGUUUAGGAAUGGAAAAAGUCUUGUUUAAUGGGUAGGCUGCUGAGACAACAGAAUAACCUUGUAUGUUUUGCCUACCUUAUUUUCUAUAGCUUCAGGUUGAAACAUUUGCAAUGAAUAUGAAUUUAUUUUGCUCUACGCAGAAACUGCAUUAUACAACCAUCUAGUUUGUGUGUAAACCACGCUAAAAAUGUAUUGCAAACCAUGCAUUUAUUAUGCAUGUUUACUUUAAAAUAGACCUCAGUGACAGGUGUAGGAGCACUUGUAAUAUAUUUAAUAAUUGAACACAUUAUUGAUGCAACCCUAGAAGAUGCAGGAACAGAAUGCGACAUUAAAGUCAUUAUUUGCUAGAAAAAAUACCAGACAGUGAUUAUAGCUUUGAGAAUGCCAUUUGAUCUUGAAUGUCAAUGCAUUUAGCGAAUUGGAUUUUUCUGUCACUGAAUCUUAUGGUUCCAGGAAAAAUCAUUGUUUAAAACAUUAAUGAGCACUCAGUAUCGUUAUUGAUCCAGUCACUUUGGAUCUUAAUGGAUCAUAUUUUGCAUUGCCAUAUAACAAAUAAUGCCAUAUAUGUUUACUAUAGAGGGUUCACAUCAUAUUUUUAAGUUUAGCAUUUAUAUUUUUGUGCUUUUUUUAAAACAAAGGGCUCAAAAUAUUUUUAAGCUGCUUUUGUGCACGCACACUGCCAGAGACCAAAUUUCUUAUCUUUUGAUGGAUAGAUCCAGCUCGACUCACUUGGGAAUUAGGUGUACUUUGUGAAAGGAUGACCUGUAGUGUAACAUUGAUAUGCAUUUUUUAGAAUGUAAGUAGGGAGAAAUGUUAGAUAAAAUAUACUUUUGUAGGAUAGGAGUAAGUGUUAGUGAGUUUACAAUGGUUAGCACAGAUGAAUUUGGCUUAGCAAGAUUUAAAUGGUAAGAACAAAUCAGACUGAGUAUGAGCCAAUUCAGAAAGAAAUGUUACCAUAUUCCAGCUAUCUGGCAUGAUUAAAUGAAAUGCUGAAAAUCUAAUGCUAGUAUGCCAGUUCAUUACUAUGCAGCAGGGGAUUGACAUUGUCACCACAUGGGAAAAGAUAAGUCUGCCUGAAGCCACAGUAGUAAUCAUGGUUCUAUUGCUGUUUGUGUAGCUUAAAGGAUUCCUGUUACUGUUGUAGUUUCUUUGCUUUCAAAUUGCUACAUCAAUUUUGAAUGUAACAAGACCACAGCAUUAGUCUCCUUGCAUUCCCCAAAACAAUGAUUAUCUAUUUGUUGGUUGUCUGAUAGGGUUAAUGCAUUUUUACUUGAACAGUCACAGAUUCAUCAAUAAAUACACAACUGUAACAAAGGUCUAAUUAAUAUAUUCAAACGAAGAGUAUUAUUUUCAAGCAAAAUAUUAAAGAAUGUCUGAAUACUGUGUCAUGUCAUGCUGGGCAAAAUGAUGUAAAAGAAUCCAUGAACAAUUGCAGAGCUAUUUAACUUCGAAUUCAUUGACAUAUCUACUCUAUGCAUCAACCAUAUGUACAAUUCGUUUCAAAUUGUGUUCACAUUUAGGAAGUAUGGUAUUUUAAUUCCUGUCAAUUAGUGUUCACAUUUGUCUUAUUUUCAGUUCACAAUACUGUUCAAAACAUUGCAACCGCAGUUGUAAUUUUUGUAAAAUAGUUUUGAAUAAUUCUGGAAGAUGUAACUGUGUGGUUUGAAAUGUUGAUGUUCUGCAAAUUACAUACUCAGAAACUCCAGUAUUAAUAGGUGACAGUAGUAUAUAUAAUUACACUGUGUAAAUCUGUACACGUAAUAUGUUUUGUAUGUUGCAUUACAAUGUGUUUACAAUCAAUUAAAUAAAAGAAUGCACACAUUUGCAUCAUGUGUUAGUAAUGUAAAUUACUGGCGAUGAUUGUAUUUAUUAACUUCUUUGUGCUAUUAAUGUAAGAGUACGGUGCACAAGUAGUUUUUCUUUUCAUGAAAAAUUUAACUAAUACUGAGUAAAAUUUACCAUCUGCUAAAGUCUUGUGCCUAUGUGUUUUGUGUGUGUUGAACAAGAAUAAAGCACUACAUAAAUUGA